CGUACUGCAUCCUGGACAGGCUGGGCAAAGCACGCUGGCAAGGGGAGCUGCAGAGAGACCUGCACGCCAACUCAUUCAAGAUGGACGCUAAGAAGCUCCACUACCUGCGGCGGUCGCUGGACAAGAACAACCUCAUCACCAUGCAGAGCCACGUCAUCCGCAUGCCCAGCGGGGGGCAACAAUGCUCCAUCUUGCUACUACUCAAACGCUUUCACGUCGACAGACGAGGUAAGUAUGACAUCCUGAUGGAGGGUCUGUCCAACCUGCUGCUGACUCAGCCCAACCGCACCGGCAUCAUGAUCAAACUACGACACCAGCUGAAUGUGUCCGAGCGCACCUUUAAGAAGAUCUAUCAGUACAUGAUGACCAAUAAGCUGGUGGAAGUCAUGAGUAAGCCCGUUCACCAGGUCAACCCAAUGACCGCCCCCAUCAAGACCAGGAAAGGCUCAGACCUGGUGGUACGCUGCAUUAAGUUGCUGAAGCCAUAUGGGAGGAAGGAAGAUGAUGACGAUGACGAUGAUGACGAUAACGGCAAUAGCAGCUUGGUGGCAGAGGGCCGCGAUGUGGAGAGAGACGUCGCCUCACAGGCUUACGACAUCGUGGUGAGGUCAGGCACUAAAGGCAUUGCCCAACGGGACAUCAGGAAGCAGCUGAACGUGGGCAAGCUGGAGAGUCGUAUGAUCUGCAGGCUGUUGGAGAGGAACGAAAUGAUCAAGGGCUUCAUGGAGGACGAGGGCCGUCAGCGGACCACCAAGUACGUCAGCAAGCUCUUUGUGGAACAGAGUAAACUCAAGCAGCAGUUUGCCAAGGAGCACGAGCGGAGUCUCCUCCUCUACGGAGCUCACCCCUCCUCCGCAAAGACCCCCUCAAAGACCUCCAUGAUCCCACAACGCACCACUCCCAUGAUGACUCCAGGAGGCUCCACUGACACGACCCCAGCCGCCUCCAACACCAACACCAACACCAGCAUUGUCAUGACGACGCCAUCUACCACCGCCUCCCCAUCCAGACCAAAGGCUAAGGCCAGAGCCUCCACCUCCAGGACUCCCAAGGGUCCCCCAGCCAAGCGCAAGAGGACCAAGGAGGCGCAGGAGGAAGAGAAGGGGGAAGAGUGGGCGAUGGAGCUGAAGCAGGAGCAGGAGCAGGAGGCGCUGGUCGGGCCAGUGCCCAGGGUAGCGCUCACGAGAAUGCCAGGAGAUGUGGUGGAGGGGGAGACUGUGCAUACGCCAGAAAGAAAGAGGAAUGCUGGGAAGAGUAGUGGGGCACAGCUGACCACUCCCUCACGUCUGAAACAGACCAAACUCAGCUUUGCUGCUGCCGCUGCACACUCCACACCGCAGAGUGCAAAGACAAUGCCUUCCAUGCAUCUGAUGGGGGACGAAACUCUGGCGUUAAUGGAACAAGAAGCGUCAGCCAUGGGCAUGGACCAAUCAGAGCUCUGCAUGGACACUUCCACUGCAGAUAACCCCGCCCCUGAUCCCGCCCCUGACCUCGGCCCCAGCCAAUUACCUGAUCCGGAGCUGGUGGAGGAAGUGGUCGACCCUAAAAUGAAGCUUCCAGGAAGGCUUAGCACGACGGACCAGACGAAGGUGACCUAUCGACUGCUGAAGCGCAAGAACAUCAUCAUCGAGGCGGUCAACAGCCUGCGAAUAAUCGAGAACGUCUUCUCUCUUCAGAAGAUGCUGAUUGACGAGGAGCGUAAGGAUGGUGUGACCUCCCGAGUGUGCAAGAAGAGCAUCCUGCGGCUGGUCAGGAGUCUGUCUAGAGAGGGCCUACUGAGGCUCUAUAGGACCACCGUAAUACAAGAUGGAAUUAGCAAGAAGGUGGAGUUUGUGGUGCACCCCUCCAUCGCCCCCGACGACCCACUGAUCAAGAGUGCCAUAGAACAGGUCCGAUUCCGCAUAUCAGGGUCCUACACCGCCAGCAAGAUGCGGGCGUAUGACGAGCGUAAAUUGAGAGAGGCUGGAGAGCUGCCGUUGCCCACGAGGCACCCCAACAAACCCCCCGCACCCCCCAAACUGGACCAGAAGAUGGGCAUCGAGCCACUACGCAAGAUCACCCUCAACUUUGUGCCGGGCUACGGUCGUGCGCUGGGCUUCCAGGCCAAGAUGCCUCGUCUGCGUCUGGUCCACACCUUCAUCUGGUACGUGUUGUACGGACACCCCCUCAAGCAGGCCCAGUUUAGCCCGGGUGACCCCAACGCCCCCGUCAACCCAGCAGGGUAUGGGCCGUCGCUGUUUGACCAGGAAGUGGAGUUGCUGGAAGCUGGCGUGCCCCCUGGCUCCUCCUCCUCUGCUGCCCUGUUGAAGCAGAGGCGGGGACAGGAAGUGACAUCACCCUCAUCACAGGGGCGGGCACAGGAAGUGACCUCGUCAUCCUCGUUCAGCAUGCUGCGACAUGAGGGGGAGGUGGUGCUGAGCGACACAGACGUGGGAAACAACAAUAGCUUCGCGGAGGAAGACAUGCAUGUCUAUGUGGAUGAGGUGAGCUGGCGGCGGUUUGUCCCUCCGGUGGCGGUGCAUAAGGACUUUGGCCCCGGCUGGGCCCUGACCAGUGACAUCCUCAUCAGAAUGCCCCUGUCCAUACUGGUGCAGAUCGUACACAUCAGCUACACGGUGGAGGGUCUGGAGGAUUAUCUGAAUGACCCAGUGAAGAAACAUUACCUCGUCCGCUUCCUACCCUCCGACAUGAAGAGAUUGCUGCUCUACAAACGGAAGUACGUGUUCAGCUUCUUCGAGACCUUGGAUCGGCUGUGCGGUAUGGGCCUGAUGCAGUUCGAGCAGUUUGAGAAAUUCCGGGAGAAAGAUCAGGUGUUUGUUUACAUGAAGAGCAACGCCACCAUCACGGAUACGACGACGUGCGAGCCGCACUACAACCUGGCGAGGAGCUCGCGGCCCUUCGAGAAGCGCCAGUACCACUUCAGCUCCAUGCAGGAGGUGGACAGCUACUGGUUCGAUCUGCUUUGCGUCUGCCUCAACACACCGCUAGGUCUGAUCCGGCCCCAGAAUGUGGAGGGAGAGGAGACUCAGGAGAGAGUGAAGCAGGACCCCCAGAAAUACCCCCGAAUACGCCACUUACUUCCGCGUGGCAAGGAGGUCAUUGACGAUGGCGAAACCCCCGGCGACGGCAUGGGGGCGGGUGGCCUGGACUCAGAGUACUAUGCCCACCUCAAGAGGAACUGGGUCUGGAACUGCCACCUCGACAAGAACAAGAACAAGACCACGUUGAACCUUAAGAACCACCCAAGCAUGAGGCUGCACAACCUGCUCACUAAACACCUGUUCUCCAAGAACGCCUUUGGAGGUGACAAGGGUGGUGCUGUGGCGUGUCUGCUUGUUCCCCAAGCUCUACAGCCAAAGCAGACAGAGAAACAACAAGAGGGGGCAGAGAAGCAGGUCUUGGAGAAGGUGGAGAUGCGUUUGGAGCCCAGAUCUCGGAAGGAGGAGCACCGAGGAGGGAAGAACCGCAAACGCCUCAAGAAGCCCAAGGAGCCCAAAGAACCCAAGGAGAACAGCGUCGUCGUCGACAAACGCAGGGGCCCACGCCAAAAACCGGUGGUGCGUCAGUACCUGGAUGAGACGGACAAGGAGGCUCUCCAGAGGAUGACGCGCCAGAGAGUGUCCUGGAGCCAGCAGGAGGACAGCUUCCUCAUGCUCUGCAGAGUGGCAUGCCACUUCCUCAACCGCGAGAUUAAGAGGCCGUUUGUGCCGUGGCAGGCUGUGCGUGAUCUUCUGCAUGCGGAGAUAGAGGAGUCUCUGGACAAGACGUCUCUCGCGGUCGGACGCAGAGCGCGGUACAUCAUGAAGAACCCACAGACGCAUCUCAACUUCAAGAUCUGCCUGGCCGAGGUGUAUCAGGACAAACCACUGGUGGCCGAAUUCAACAACAGGACGCAGGACUACAGCAACCCAAAGGUGUGUACAGAGGAGUAUAAGGAGUUUGUGGCUGUGCUGAGGAAGAAGUUUAGCAGGGCCUCAGGAUCAUGCCUCAUCGAAAUCCCCGACAACAAAGAGGACCUCUUCCAGAGGUUUAAGGUGUACGCCAUUGGGGAUGACUCUCCUGUGGAGUCCAAGGACGUCAUCAAAAGUGAGGAGGACAUCCAAUCACUGGUGCUGUUCAACCUGAUCCAGAGCACAUUAGCUGUCUCAAACCACCAGUCCAAGAGCAUACUGUCUUUCCAGACGUUUCAUGUGUAUAGUCGCUACAAGCAAGAGAUCCUGUACGAGGUGUUCAUCAAGUGCCAGAAGAACGGCUUGGUCAACCGUCGCCGUAACAACCCCAAGAACACGGUGAAGAAGAACCGCUCGAUGCCCUACCUGCCCAUGUCCUAUCAGCUUUCUCAAGCCUACUUCAGAUUGUUCACGUGGCGUUUCCCGCUGAUGACCCUAAGCGAGUCAAAUGACUACCUGGAGACGCUGCUCGAGGCCGGGGUGGUGGACCAGCCCAGCACCAUCUACGUCCAGCCCAAGGACGCCGAGACGGAGGUGGAGAAGGAAGGAGAGAUGGAGGUGGAGCAGGAUAGAGAGGUGGAGAAGGAAGGAGAGAUGGAGGUGGAGGUGGAGAUGGGAGAGGGAACAAGAGGGACGGGAGGAGAGAACAACAGAGAGACAGAGGGAACGGGGAUGGAUGGAGGAGAGAGGGAGCGAGGGGUUGAGAAGGACACGGACGGAGAACAGGAGAUGGAGAAGACGGCCCCAGGUGGAGGACAGAUGGAGGAGGGGGCUAGGAUGGCAGAUGAGGAGGAGAGGGAUGGAGAGAGAGAGACAGGGACGUGCAGAGGAGAGAUAGAGGGAAGAGGGACUGAGAAGGAGACAGCAGAAGAGAUGGAGAAGACGGGAGCGGCGGACGACAAAACUAUUGAAGAACAAGAGAAGGCAGAGGGGACCAUGGAAAAUAAGACAAGUGAAGGAUCAUCAACAGUAGCACCCACAACAGGGGGAGGAGAGGAAAGGGCAUCAGAAAGAGGAGGAGAAGAGGUAGCAUCAGGUGGAGGAAUAGAGGGAGAUAAGAGAGCAGGAGAAGAUGAAGGAGAAGGAAUAAGAAGCGUUGUAGUAUCAGAAGGAGAAAAAAGAGCAGAGGACGAUCCGUCACUUCCCCCAUUGCCAACCCCGGAAGAAACGGCAACACCUGCAGCAGAGGGAGGAGAAGCGAGAGAAGACGAAAAUGAAGAGUUGAGAGAAGGACAAGAAAGAGAAGGAGGAGAAGAAAGAACAGUAGAAGGACGACCAGAAAGGGGAGGAUUAGAAGACCGUACAACUCUUCCGCCGAUGCCAACCCACGAGUCCCUGCUGCAAGAGGCAGUGAUGUCAGCUCAGCAGCUGGAGGGCAUGGUGCUGUUCCCGGUAGAUGCACCAGGGGGCGCCUGUCUGGCCUGCAUGAGCCUCCUCACGCUGGGCAUGAUCUCCAUUGAUGUGUCCAUACCAGAGCAGAUCGUGGUGGUGGACAGCAACAUGCUGGACAGUGAAGUGGUCAAGAGGCUGGUCAUGGAGGUGCAGGAGGAGGACGAGGCGGACGAGGAAGGAGGAGAGGAAGGCGGCGAAGCCAGGAGGAAGGUGGAGGUGAAGCCGUCGCAGGCGUCCCACACCAACUACCUGCUGAUGAGGGGCUUCUUUAUGCCCGGCAUCAGCUCCAAGGUCAAGGUGACCUCUGCCGACAGUGUGGUGGUCAACGCCUGCACGCUACACGUACGACUGAGGAGCACGCCCGCACACACACUCUUCCAGAGCAGGGACUCCUCUCCUGCCCUCUCCACCGUCCUGAAGCCGGGGCCCUGCCAAAUCCCGCAGCGCUUCGUCCGCACCUACCAGGGCAAAGGGAGCGACCCGGCCGUGCUGGCCCAGCGAUGCGAGACCGAGCUGGGCUACGGCAUGGCGGACAUCGGGGCGGCCCUGGAGGUGUGGGCCGGAGUGGACCAGGGGAAGCGUUUAGGAGUGGAGCGCAGUGACCUCCUGGGGGGACUUCAACACCUGGUGGAGCCCGAAGGGAGGAGAAAGAGAGGACUGAGCCAGUACAUAAAGGAUCUAGUCAGCAUUGGAGAGCUGUUAGAGGUGGGUGCCCAGUCCUGCCGUCUGGUGACCAUGCGUGACUCUCCUCCAUGGCUCCUUCGCGUGGUGCCAGCCGUGGUGGCCACCCGCUCCGCCCAGGCCUCCGCUCACGCCCUCCAUGCCCUCAAGGCCCUACGCUUGCCACAGUGGAGGCAUGAGCAGAAGAUCAAGCCGCCCCACAAGGGACCACAGGGCCUGGAACAGCUGGUGAAGGACAGAGGAGGUGGAGGAGGAGGGAAUGCAGGUGAAGGAGACGAGAAAGGAGGAGAAGGAGUAGGUGGUGAUGGAGGAGGGAAAGGAGCCGAGGGCGAGAGAGUUGGAGGGAAAGAAGGAGGAGAAGGAGGAGGAGGAGAAGAGAGUGGAGGAGGUGAGAGGGGAGGAGGUGAUGGUGAUAGAGUUGCAGCUGCUGGAGAUGGAGGAAAAGGAGGAGCAGAGCCAGGGAAAGGAGGAGGUGAAAGCGGAGCUGGGGAUGGAGCAGGAGUAAGGGUUGGGAAAGCAGGAAAUGAUGGAGGAGAAGGUGGAAGACGAGGAGUAGAGGGCUGUGUCGGAGGAGAAGACGGAAGAGGAGGCGGUGAUGGUGGGGAUAGAGGAAAGGCAGAAGAAGGAAAAGGAGGAGGAGACAGUGGAAGGGUGGAGGAGUUACGGAGGGGUUCAGAAGUAGGAGCUGGGGAUGCAGGAAUGGGAGGAUCAGGAGGAGGAGGAGUAGGAAGUGGAGGCACACUGCCAAAGAAAAGACUUCACACAUCAGCAACAGAAGGAGGAGGAGAAGGAAGGGAUGAGGAAGAGGAGAGAGGAGGACCUGUACCGAAGAGGAGGAGAGCCGAGGAGAAGGAGAUGCCAGGAGCUAUGGCUAGUGAUGAAGUGAGGAAGGAGGAGAAGAAAGACCAGGAUAAGGAGGCCGGCGGUCAACAGGAGGAGCGACAGGAAGAGGAGAACGUGGCAGAGAGCUCCAAGCAGGAAGACACAGCAGUUGACUCAGAUGAAGAGGGAGAGCGUGAGCGCUUCAUCAGUCGUCCGUGGCGCAUGGUGGACGGCUCUGUGAACCCCUCGGUGUGUAAAGGCAUGCUGGAGGCCGUGCUGCACCACAUCAUGACCAAGCCGGGCAUCACCGAGCCGCUGCUCAUACACCACUACACACUGGUACUGCAGCCGGUGGUCGUCCUGGACCUAGUGCAGACUCUGAUAGAGAUGGGUUGUGUGCGGCGCGGCUACCUGCGCCCUCCCCAGCGCCCCUCCCUGUUCUCGGGGCCGUGUUGUGCGGCGGUGGUGUGCCCCGGACCCCUGGCCGAGGCUGAGACGGCGGGGGAGCUGGAGGCGGCGGCGGCGCGGCUGGGCUACACGGCCUUCUACGAACCCACCGUGGCGGCCGGACUGCUGCUGGGGAAAGCCUACCCGAACGAUAGGAAGUGGAAUAUCCUAAACUUCUUGAGAAAACAGAAACAGCAACAACAACAACAACAGAGUCCAGAUGCUAGCAUGAGUCUGUGAGACUGUGUGCGUGCGUGCGUGCAUGCGUGCAUAUGUGAGUGUGUUAGCAAGACUGCAGUUGGGUAAAGCCUACCUACACGAGAGACAGUGGAAUAUUCUAUACGAUCUACGGGUAUCACAAGCAACAGCGACAAGCACAGCUAAGUUUGAGCUGUUUGUGCGUGGGUUUGUGCGUGCGUUCGUGCAUGCGUGCGUGCGUUUGUGCGUGCGUGUGUUUGUGCAUGUGUAACAUGGAAAGUGUGUAGCCUACGCCAGAGAAAUAUGUGUGAUGUAAGUUUACUUCAGGAAGCCAGACGGGCACCAAAGGAAGAAUGUGUGUUUGUGUAUAAUUGUUAGUGUUCCCACACACAAUGUACAUUUAUCAGGAUAACCCCUGAUGCUCAUGGUUUUCAUUUCCUAAGAUGAAUGUUAAUUAUUAUGGUUUGUUGUGUUUCUGUUUUUUUUUCUUAUCUGAUGUUCAAAAUAAUGUUAAACUAAUAAAGAGUUUUAUUUGUUUUUCCAAGA